UAUGUGAAAUUCCGGAAUUUGCGGAAGAACCCUAAAUUUGGGCUUGGAGAGAUGGGCGUGGUGAGCGAUCUAUUCGAGACGCUAACAGAGGCGCCGGUGCUGGGCUCGGAUGACUACCGCGGCGUGGAUCUGGGCGAGUAUGACACGGUAACGUACAAGACGCUCUCGGGGGGGCUGGGCUGUGGAUUGCUGGGCGCCCUGUAUGGCAAUCUCAAGACGCGGUGGAACUACCAGAUGCCCACCAAGGGCCGGGAGAUUGUCAGGGCCGUGAAUCGCUACCAGAUGAUCGAGUAUGGCGCUACAAUUGGGGCCAUGGGCGCCGCCUACGCCCUCACCGAUGCCCUCUGCGAGAGGUAUCGCGGCAAGGCGGACUAUUGGAACUCGAUCUAUGCCGGCUGGGCCGCUGGAGCUGUUCUUGGGCUGAGAAAUGGAAGUGUUGGGCGUGGGCUCGCGGCUGCUGCCUCGAUUGCUGCUGUGACGGCUGUUGUGGACACUCUUGCCCAGAAUUCCACGCUCCGGAAGAUCAACAAGGAGUAUCUUCCUUUCCCGGAGGAUAGAUGAGAGAGCUCUGUGAUCGCUGUGAAGAACAAUGAAGAACACAAACAAACUUUGCUCAUUGUUUAGCGUUUGUAAACACAAAUAAUUUGACUAGCGUUGACUAGGGAA